AUGUGUGUUGCAGAUGGGUGUUCAUGGCAAGUGCGUUGUUGGAGAGUUAAUACAACAAACUUCUUCAGGGUGAAGAAGUUUAUAAACAUGCACUCAUGUACAAGCGGAAUAAGUAGGGUUCAUCAGCCGCUUGCUCGAAGGCAUUGGGUGGCAAGCAUGAUCAAAGUCCGUUUGAAUGAUAUGCCCAAUAUGACACCUGCAGAUGUGGUUAAUGGUAUACAACAUGAUCACGGUGUCAUGCUAUCUUACCAACAAGCAUGGCGGGGCAAAGAUGUUGCACAAGAGAUAAAUGAUAGUUCCUAUGUGAAGGCUUAUGAGGAUCUCGCCAAGUACCUUCAUAAGAUCCGAAAUACUAACCCUGGAACCGUAACGAUUAUUCAAACAGAUGUUCAUGAUAGGUUUGAGCAUGUAUAUAUAGGCAAUGGUCCAUAUUUGUAUGGUUUUAUGUAUAGUUGCAGGCCACUAAUGGGACUAGAUGAGACAUUUUUGAAGGGAAUAUACAAAGGAAUACUAUUAGCUGCAGUUGGGGUAGAUGCGAAUGAAAAUAUAUUUCCUAUAGCAUAUGCAGUGGUUGAGAGUGAAAAUGCAUCAAGUUGGACAUGGUUUCUAGAGCUUCUCAAUGAGCAGUUUGACGAGAGGUCUGAUUUGCCAGCAUUGACUAUUAUCUCAAAUCGUCAGAAGUGGUUACAAGCCGCAAUUGAAAAAGUAUUCCCAACCAGUGAACAAGGCUAUUGUAUGAAUCACCUUGCUGAUAACUUCAAAAAGGCCUAUUAA